GGUGUUAUUUUGAAACCGGAAGUAGAACCAAACCUCGUCAUCCGCUCCUAGCAUACAAAGCUAACAAGUCAAUACGCGGCCAUCACCGGUGUGCCAAACAAACUGAAAGUAAUCAUGGCAGACUUCUGGCGUACGUUGUGACAACUCGACGAGAUGAUGAACGACAUCUCCGAGGAACCGGAAAAGGACAGCUUGCUGGAAGCUACGGCGAGUCCGCAGAAUUUGACGGGGCCCGGCAGCGGCACAAGACCCAAAACCGGAGAUGGAGUCAUCAGGCCUUUGGAGAAAAGAGGACCUUACAUCAUGUCCAGAGCCCCAGCCAUCCACCUCAAGCUGCAAAAGCACAGGGAGUUAGCCAGGAAGGCUCUGAAGAAGAAAGCUCUGGCACCGGGACCUCCUGUCAUGCACCAGCCCAGACAAGGAGCCAAGAGGAAAGUCAAGUAUAACAAGGGCUACACGGCCUUGAGUCAGCAUGCGGAGGAAACUUUGAUUGCACUGGAUUCGGACAGCGAUGAAGAAAUUGAUUUCGAGCAGUGCUCCUCCGGCUACUCCUCGGCCGAGGUCCACCCUGACUUAAGCAAGCAGCUGCUUCAGGAUGGCUACCGUCUGGACGAGAUCCCCGACGACGAGGACCUGGACCUGAUCCCGCCCAAAGCCAUGGGCUCCUCCAUGUGCUGCUGCGCCGAGGGCCCGUCCUGCUGCACGCAGUGACACUCUUUGGACUUUGGAAAGCAGGUUUGGUAUCAGGACGCCGGCACACGCUGCCUUUAUACCGUUUCAUCCGGCAACACCGUCUGCUUCCUGCUCCUGGGAACGCCAGAACCCACUCCUCUUUUUCUUCUUCUUGUUCCUCUGCAUGAAGAAGAGUGGCAUGACAGCACAGAUGGACGACGACAAGGAAAAAAAAGCCUUAUCCACUGUGACUCCAAAGCUAUUUUUCUAUGUUCAUGUUUGUUUUUAUACGUCAGACGCUAACUAUGCUAGCACUGUAGGGGGACAAGAGUCAUCAUUUUGACUCGCUUGUUCCCCUUGGACGCCCCCACGGCGAGCCCAUAAUGCUCUGUGGCGGUCCACCAAUGAUGACAUUCCCUGACUGCUGUUCCUGCUGUUCCAGCGACAUGCCGCCUGUUCCAACAGUUCAGCCGCUUCAAGUAUUUAAGUAGGACUCAGAAAUGCACUUAUGAUGUUUGGGCUUCACGGAGACCUUUUUUUUACUGGCUAUGGAAUAUUUGACUCCAUGGUCACCCACACUCAUUGGGACAGGAGUGUUAGGGCCACGCUGAACAGACAAAACGCUAACGCUACACAACCUUCCCGUGUCUACCGGCUCAGUGUCGGACAUUACGGCGCCGUUCUCCAAACGUUACCACGUUUUCACUUUAUUCUCAUAAGUAACGUCAUUCUUCAGAUGUUUAUAGCAAUUGUUGUUGGGGAUUUUAUGGCUAUUAUUCCCAAAGUAUUAGGACUUCAUCGGACGUUAUUGGAGCAGCUGUAACGUUGGUGCGACUGUAGCCAGCAGGAAGUACGCAGUCUACGCUAAUGUGCCAGUUGAUCUCAACUGUAUUACCUCCGUGUUUUUUGUCUUCAAAAUAAUGUAACUUUUUCUGAAGGGAUUUGGAUGACAUUUUCAGGAAUGAUUGGAAAUGGGAUAUGGAAGAAGUGAUUACAUUUUGGGGGUGAUCCGGAUGACCGUCUGGAUCCGGGAUUCUUUUGACAUUGCGAAUUAGGACCAUUUUCAGCAUUUGUGCAUAUAACUGGGAUUAUUAUCUUAGUGUGCGUCACAAUAUGGGGGGGGGGCUGUGGCGCUUGGCGGAGGUCUGUGUUCUCAGAGUGUUGUUUAGGUCUAGUUUAGUCUAGGUCUAAGAUGGCCUCUUUUCUAUUGGGUAAAAUAUUCCAUUUAUUCAUAUUCAAUUCUGCUUGGCGGACGUUCACCUAUCACGGUCGGGUCUUGACCCAAAUGAUACAAAUGUUUCUGUAUUAAUAGACAUUAUUCUCAACAUAUUUCUAUUCAUUCUAACAAUUUGACUUUAAUUUCCAAAAUAUGAGGACUUCAGACAGUACGAUGUUUGUAUCGUUAUUGUAUCAUUAUCCUCACGCUCAGACUCUAUGAUUUGAUUCUCAUAUUCCAGAACAUGACGUUAUUUUUCUUCAUACUUGUACUUGACCUCUACGCUUUGAAAUGUUUUCUCCUCAGCGAGGCCCUAAUACUCGUCUGUAUUGAUCCACCAGAAGGAGACGGGGGUCUAAGGUUAAACGUGACUCGAGAAACACAACGCUACUUGAAGUAGAGGCACAUAAGUGCGUCAAGUUUCAAAAGAAACACUACAGAUCUCAGUCAAAACCUGCUCUAUGUGGUAAAUUACAUUUGCAAGUGAAUAGUUGUCUGCGGUGAAAUAUUUCAACACCUCAAUUGGACUCCAUGGCAAAACCCUCCAGCGUUUUCAUAUCACGCCAGAAAAGAAGCCAUGUUGCGUCAAGAAUGUGACCGUCGAUGCUGUAGUAGUUAUUUAUUUGUAACCUUAAGAUAUUGAAAGAAUCUGUUUAUACUUUUUGUUUGUUUCCCCACACAAUCAACUCUUGAAUAUACUGAAUCUUUACUUUCUUUUCCAAACAUUCCCAUUCCCACAUUAAGCUCCAGUCUGGGUUAAAACUGUAUCAAUGAAUUACUAUUACUGACUCUCUGAGGACGUUUACGUUUGUGGAAUAUAGAAACACAUGAAAAUGUAUUUGUUUUCCAAUAAUGAGUGGUUUUGACGCUCAAAUGAAUACUUACUUUCAGACCGCACUAAUAUUUGUCCUCUUGCGGCGUAAACCACCCCAUUGUCGGUGGGGGAGAAAAUGACCUUUAAUGCUUGAAAGUGUGUGUGCGUGCGUGCGUGCAAGGGAGGUAAUUGACUAUCAAUGCAGGAUUUUUUUUUUUUUGAAAAUGCUAAAAGUGCACUCAUUUUAAAACUCCGCAAUGUGUGUUGUGUUGCACUUUCAGCACACCGGUGGUCAGUAGCAAGUACACGCACGUCAACCUGUGCUAUGCAACUGCUGGACAAUCCACUCAUCCGUUACUGAGCAUUAUAAUAAAGACAAUAUUUUAUGAUGGUUCACACUUUUAAGUUUAUUUGUUUACAUUAGUAAAUAGUUAUACUGUGUGUUUCCUCCCCAAACAAAUUUGCAGUGGAUCCUAAUAACAGCAUAAGAGUGCCGCUCUUGUAUAGAGGAUCUU